AUUAUUCUUCAUCCAAACAGUUCACAAAAGCAUUUCUUGCUAUUUCAACUUUUCAAAUAUUUCAUUUUUUGUUGCCGGAAAAACAAGAUGGGGUCAUCGGAAAAUGUGGAUUCCGGCAAGGUGACCGGACAGAAAUCUCAGUUUUCUCAGACUUGUAACCUUUUGAGCCAAUUCUUGAAGAAAAAAGGUUCUGUUGGAGAUCUUAAUAAUCUUGGUAUCUACAAAACUACUUUUGAACCAACCGGAUCUCAACAAACAGCUACCACCACUACAACUACUAUGAAUUUGUUGCCAAUGAUUGAGAAAUCAAGUGAUUCAUCGUCGUCAUCGUCGUCCGUUGAAACAAAUCCUCAAAAACCCAUGAAUCUUUUCCCUCAAGAAUUUGAUUUCUCCAAAGAACAAUCCACAAAAAAGACUGAAUCUUGGAAAUUUGAUCAACCAGAAAAGGCACAAAUGACCAUUUUUUAUGGUGGACAAGUCAUUGUUUUUGAUGAUUUUCCAGCUGAUAAAGCAAAUGAGAUCAUGAAAUUAGCCAACAAACAAAACCCCACAAACAACUUCACUUAUACUAUGAUGAAGAAUCAAAAAACAUCUGAUCAAUCUGGUGCAAAUUUUGGUAACAAAUUGAUUCAAGAACUCCCAAAGUGUCAAGUGUCAAUGCCACAGCCUUCUGUUGCUGAUUUACCAAUCGCGAGGCGGAAUUCACUUACAAGAUUCUUGGAGAAAAGGAAAGAUAGAGUAACAUCAAUUGCACCAUACCAAAUCUCCAGCAACAAGAAAUCCAAGAAUGAGGAAAACAAGGCAUGGUUGGGAUUAGGUGCUCAAUUUGUUAAAACUGAGCAAUACUUUUAGUUACUAUUCUUGGAUUUUCAUUUUUUGAUGAUUGAAGAAGGGGAGUCUUGACGUGACGUAACUGGUAAAGUUAGUGUUAUGCGAUCAAGAUGUAUCAGGUUCGAGCUGUGGAAAGGUGUCAGAGCUUAGUACACCAGAUUGACCUGAAGAUUAUAGGCCUAUUGCUUUGAUAUACUACUAUUAGAUGACCAAGUUUUUGGUUUUUUUUUUUCUUUCUUUUUUUGGUUGGAUUCAAGAUUGAUUGAAGCCACUUUGAUCUAACUAUGAAAUAUUAUUUUUAACAUUUUUUUGUAAUCAAGACUAAGGAUGUUUGUUGUUAAGUACCUCAUAUCAUAUAUAUAUGUACUAUUAUUUAAACUCAUCAAGGUUCAUUGCUUUUGUUUUUA